CAUUAGAUUAUCUGUAUCGGUGUCUUCUGUAAUCGAAAACACGAUGCACGGAGACGCGAAGAAAUCUUGAGUUAUUCAAAUAUUUCACAGCUUUGCAAGCUAUUCGAUGUCUUAAAACACCUAAAAGGGUAGAAUGGCCGAUUAUUACGACAUUCUAGAAGUCCCUCGCAGUGCUAGCGAGCAAGACAUAAAGAAAUCAUAUCGAAAACUUGCACUUAAGUGGCAUCCAGACAAGAACCCUCAAAACAAGGAAGAAGCUGAAAGAAAGUUCAAAGAAAUCUCUGAAGCUUAUGAGGUUUUGUCUGAUUCUAAGAGACGAGAUGUGUAUGACAGAUAUGGCAAAGAUGGACUAACAGGCAAUGGAGGACACACAGACUUUGGCUUCAACUUCCAUUUCCGCACUCCAGAUGAGAUUUUUAGGGACUUUUUUGGAACAAAUGACCCAUUUGCGGACUUUUUCUCUGACCCUUUUGGUGGCAUGGCAGGUCUUGGCUCUCACAGAAAUGGUUCGGACCAUCCCAUGAGGGGCUUUCACCAUCCUAUGAGAGGGAUGCACCAUCCAUUUAGUUUUUCUGAUGGGUUUGGAUCAGAUCCCUUUUCCGCUGGGAGCUUUUCUUCUUUCUCAAGUUUUGGUGGUGGUGGGCUAGGAGGAAAUGUCAAGUCUGUAUCUACAUCCACAAAAAUAAUAAAUGGUAGAAAGAUCACCCAGAAAAAGAUUAUUGAGAAUGGAAAAGAAACCGUGGAAGAGUAUGAAAAUGAUGUACUAAAGCAGAGAAUUGUGGAUGGAACACCACAAUUAACGAAUGGUUGAUGGGAAAAGAGGACAAUAAUCCCAUAUUAAUAAUAAUGAUAACGCCAUCCAUGAGCUGUAGAAAUACUAAUACACAUAGCUACAUUCUUAUCAAAGUACACGUAUCAAUUACAUACACAAUAUUUACGAGUUCCCUUGCAUAUAAGUAUGUAGAUUUUGAUGUAGUCACAUGCUUGUAGUUAGUUCAGACCUGAGCUUUCUUUGUGCACGGCAUUAGUGAACCUUGAGGAGUCGUAAUGGCAAAGGAACUAAAGACUGAACUAAAGCCUGAACUAAAGAAUGAACUAAAUAUUGAACUAAAGAUUAAACUAAAGACUGAACUAAAGACUGAACUAGACUGAACUAAAGACUGGACUGAAGACUCUUUUUCUUGCGACCCAGAAUGGGAGGGCCCAGGUCUGACCAGCUGGUAAUUUGAGUGAAUUAUUUAUUUUUUCUGCAGUUUCUAUAUUCUGAGCAGUCUCAUUGUGAAAACUAAACACAUAAUUCUGCUGGAUUUGCUUUUAUAUGAAACAUUAUUUAGUUUAUUGACUGUCAAAUGGUGAUCUUGGUCAAACCAGCCAUCCAGUCUUGCGUUGAAUUUAGUUUUCUUUGAAAAUGGAAAUGUUUAUUAUAGUUUUAUUUUUGUAGAUGCACGUUUUAUAGCUCAAUUAUAGCUUAAUUUUGUGCAUGUGGGAAACCACAAAAUUAAUAACGAUUAGAAUAAUACUAAUCAUCACUCAUAAUUUCUUUGUAAUAUCUUGUGUUUUCUACCAAAAAAAUAAACAUACUUUUUUAGA